UAAAUGACUCCCUUACUCAGUUUAACCUGGUUAAGGUAAACAAAAUGUACUUGGCAAGGCUCGUGUUGGUUCUAAUUGGGGUUUUUUCAUUGGAGGUUUACGGGUUUUCGACCAAUUACACCAACGAGGUCAUAAAAAUCGUAAAAAAUUCUUCAAAUGGAAAAAGCGUUUAUUCUGUGAAUGAGAAUUGUGUGGAUCAGCUUAAGUUGUUUUUAGAAAAUCUCCAAAAUUCUAAUGGAGAUGAUAUUUGGGCAUUACGAAUGAUAGAUGCGAGCUUUAAGAUACCAUCAGGUGUGUUAGAUUAUAAUGUAGCAUGGGCAGGACGGUAUGAGCAAUGCUUAAAUAUAAAGAGCAAUAAGGAGGAUGUUAAAGGAAAAUACUGUUUGGCUAGUCUACCCUAUACUUCGGCCUCUACAGAAGAGUCUUUAGUGCAGGCUAGUUCACUUAUGGGAAUUCAAAAUCCUCCCAAAGAAAUACCACAUUUCUUCAAAUUCCUUAAGUCCUCACAAGCAGGCUCGGAUGAUUCUGAUCAGCAAGCAUUUUUGCCCACCAUAGCAUUUUGUAUCCCUGACAAAUGCUCUGAUCACGACCUACAAGAUGUUCUUAACACAUUUACUUCUGAUCUCUUCUUAAAUGUCACUUGUCAAGUGAAGGAGGAUCUGGGAAGCCAAAUGAGAAGCGAUAUUGGGGCUAUUAUGACGCUGUCAUUUUUUGGACUUUUCAUCAUCUUAAUGAUAUUAUCGACCGUCUAUGAUAUGAAAUGCUCGAAUAGUAAUCAGAAACCGCAUCCUUUAUUGAUAGUUUUCUCGGUAUACACUAAUGGACAAAAACUGUUUAAAGUAUCAAAUAAUCCUGGUGAAUUCUCUUCGUUGCAUGGCAUAAGGUUCCUUAGUAUGAUGUGGGUGAUCUAUGGACAUUGUAUGUAUGGCUCAUUGUACGGGCCUUCAGUUAAUAUCCUUGAUAUUUUUAAAUAUUUUGCCAAACCUCAAAGUAUGAUAUUGGGCAACGCUCCAUUGAGUGUAGACACCUUUUUCGUCAUUACUGGGAUGUUGGUGGUAUAUGGUUUUAUGAAAGCAAAACGGUUUAAUAUUUUUGGGUUUUAUCUGCAUAGGUAUAUAAGGUUAACUCCUCCAAUAAUAGCAACUAUCUUAGCGUCAGCAUUUCUUACCAAAUACGCGGGCUCUGGACCAUACUACCCUCAAGUGGACGUAAUAGUUGCGAAACCUUGCAGAACCAACUGGUGGUUGACCAUAACCUACUUUAACAAUUUAGUGGGGUUAGGAUCCGCUGCAGAUCUUGUGAAUUUUUGUUUAGUUCAAACGUGGUACCUAAACGUCGACUGGCAAUUGUACCUGAUUUCUCCCAUAUUUCUGCUGUUUCUGCCUAAAUACCCGAAAAUCGGGCUGUUAAUUAUGACAUGCGCAAUGGUGGCUUCUAUGGGAGCAUCCUUUUGGGCCACGUGGCAUUUUCAGAUGAAGGCUUUAUUGACCAAUAUUUACACUGAGCAAUUGAACUAUGGGAGAUACUACUACUACCAGACAUACACAAGGGCCUCCACCUGGUUUAUUGGAGGAUUUUUGGGAUAUAUUUUGGCCAAGUUGAAGCUGGAAAAUCAGCUGAUUUCUUUUAAAAUGGCAAAGUGGCUGGUUUUUACCCUUUGGACGAUAACAUUGGCAGGCCUUCCAGCCUGUAUUUUCGUUGGACAUGACAGUCUUUAUAACCAAACUUACCAUCCAUAUUCAAAUGCUUUCUGGAACACUUUCGCAAGACCUGCCUGGGCUUUGGGCGUAGCCUGGAUAAUUUUCGCAUGCGCUAUUGGCUACGGAGGUAUAAUAAAUUGGUUCUUAUCCUUGCCGAUCUUUCAAGUACUAGCCAGAUUCACCUACAGUAUCUUUUUGGUGCACCUGAACAUCAUUCUAGUUAUAUAUUUUUCACAAAAACAACCCGGAUAUUUUUCGUUGUUUGAAAUGAGUGAGAAGUUCUGGAGUGCCUUUACGUUGAGUUUUGCCUUUUCGCUAUUUUGGGUGCUGGCAUUUGAAUCUCCCGUUUUGGCAAUAGAAAAGUACUUGCUAGGGCGUGGUGAUGCCCACAAAGACGUCAAUGUAGUAGAUGAAAGAGGCAUUGAAGAAAAAAAUUUACAAAAGAAUGGCGUGUAGGAACUUUUUUUUUUGUAAUACUGUCAAUGGAGUUACACAAUUUUAACAAUAAAAAAGGAAUAGUUUUUAAAA